AUGAACGACGAAAAUAUUGACCCUUCGGAAGAAAUUUACAAGCAAGAAAGAAGUAAGGAUUGCAUUAAAGUAGUAGAUGAUGGUAAUGAUAUUGUGAAAGUGACAGAAGGAAUCCAAGAUUUGAGUACUGGUGACAAAGAGAAGAAAUCCAAGAAAAAACAUCACAGAAAGAAGCACAAUAACAAGCAAUUGAAAAGAGAGGAAGAAGAAGUGGAAAACAAAAAGAGACAACCACUUGGAGAAGCGUCAGGACAGAAGCAGGCCAACAGACAAGGAGAAAAGGGUUCUCAUAAGGUAAACGGGAACAAAGGAGGUAAGAAGUAUCGUAAAGGAUGGAUUCCAGAGCCGCGGUAUUGGGGAUAUUAUCCUCCACCAGGUGGUAAAAAGCCACAAGAAGGACGUAAUACAGGAUACUACGGAUAUUAUGGGCCUAAUCCGUUUUCUCAGAAGCAGAAGAGUCGUAGUCGCCGGUAUAAGAAGAGAGGUGGAGUACAGACAGGAAGAACAGAGCAAGCAGGGAAACCAGAGGAAUUAAAGGAACCAAGGAAACCAGAUGACUCAAAGGAAUCAAAGGAACCAGGGAAACCAGAUGACUCAAAGGAAUCAAAGGAACCAGGGAAACCAGAUGACUCAAAGGAACCACAGAGAACGCCAGUUCCAGUUCCAAAGCCUCUUUCAUAG